AUGGCAGCUCCUGCAAGACAAGCGACAGCGAUACCACGAUUCCUUCUACCGCAGAUAUCAUGGCCCGCCAGGGUGUCACGGCCAGCAGCGCUGGGUGCACUGGAGCAGGGUCGGCAUAGGUCCUGUAUAGCUUCCGAGAGUCGCGCUGCCUUUCCGAAGUCAUUACCACUCCAAGCACGAACACGUACACUGUGGCCAAAGACAUCACCACAAUAUGCAAGCGGUCAUGCAUCGGCUCUGGAGUUUCGGCGCAACUUCAGCGCAACUGCACAGCAUUCCAAGGACCAUCACUUCGACACGCUCAAGUUUGUGCAGCGAUUGAAGGAGGAAGGUUUCACAGAAGAGCAAGCCGAGGGCAUGAUGAGGGUUCUCGGCGAUGUAAUCGAGGAGAGCAUCCAAAACCUCACACGCACCAUGGUCCUUCGUGAAGACCAAGAGAAAGCCACCUACACGCAGAAAGUCGACUUUGCCAAACUCCGCUCCGAACUCAUGACGGCCGACUCGACUGAAUCCAGCCUCACGCGCGCAUCGCAUGAGCGUCUUACAAACGAGCUCGCAAAGCUGAAUUCGCGCUUACGGGACGAGAUACAACGGACACAGGCAUCGGUGAGGCUAGACUUGAACCUAGAGAAGGGGCGCAUUAGAGAAGAGGCAAACGUGCAGGAACUGAAGCUCAAGGAGACGGAGACAAGGAUUGAGCAGGAGACGGCGCAGCUGAGGGAGAGACUAGAGGCCGUCAAAUUCUCAACGCUACAGUGGCUGAUGGGAGUCUGCACUGGUACUGCGGCGUUGAUGUUGGGUGUGUGGCGGUUGUUAAUGUGA